CAUGCGCACAAAGCGCCGUGACGAGUUUCCUGUGCGACUCUAAUAGCAAUGGCGAGUGGAAAGAGAAAUACGCUACUGUCUUCUUUGGCGGCUUAUGGGGAUGAUUCGGAGCAAGAUUCAGACCCGGAGACCGAGGAAGCAGAGGGCCAUGGAGGUCUGGUGUCUGCCAGCUACGGGGAGGGCGACGUGGGCCAUAUGGAAGAUGGAGAUGACAAGGGCUCUGGCGACGAAGACAGUGGGGACAGCUCCAGGAAUUCGGAAGGGGACGAGUCAGACCUUGAGGGGGGAGACGCAGAUGAUUUGAAGGAGAUUUCAGAGGCUGAGAAGCGGGAUCCCAAUGAGCUGGUUGCUCAGUUUUCGGAGAAGGUGAGGAACAUGUCUCCCGACGAGAUCCGGAUCCCGCCCGAGCCGCCGGGACGCUGCUCCAGCCACUUGCAGGAGAAGAUACAGAAGCUGUACGAACGCAAGCUGCAUGGCAACUUUGACACAAACUUCCACAUCCAGAACAAGAAGGAGUUUCGUAACCCCAGUAUUUAUGAGAAACUCAUUCAGUUCUGCAGCAUCGACGAGCUCGGCACGAAUUACCCCAAGGACAUGUUCGAUCCACAUGGCUGGUCUGAAGAUUCCUAUUACGAAGCUCUAGCCAAAGCUCAGAAAGUAGAAAUGGACAAACUGGAGAAGGCAAAGAAAGAGCGGACUAAGAUUGAGUUUGUGACUGGCACCAAAAAGGGAACAACCACCAGCGCUGCUUCUACCACCAACACCACCAGCACCGCGGCAACGGACGCCCAGAAGAGGAAGAGCAAAUGGGAUUCGGCGGUUCCUGUCACUCUGGCCCAGCCGGCGCUGCUCACCACCACGGCCACGCUGCCCGGCGUGGUCUCUGUCACUACCACAGCCAGCGGCACCAAGACCACCGUCAUCUCCGCUGUUGGCACCAUCCUGAAAAAGGCCAAGCAGUGAGAGCCCGGGCGACUCUUCCGGCACGUGUCCCGCCCUCCAGGAGAGGAGAUUCUCGCCUGUCUCAGUACUGUGCUCGGCCCAGUUCCUGCUCUUUUGACCUGCUCAGGAUGGACGAUGCUCAGAACGUUUACCUGGACAUCCUACUCCUCCCCCUUCAUAAACUUCUACCUUCAAAUCUCGUUGCCACAGUCUCUGACAUCCCUAAAUCAAGCUUUAAUAAUCGCAUGCCCAUUGUAUUCCAACCGACAUCCACCUUCUUACACUUUGUUGUAUAUUUACAUUGAAGUGAAGCCAAUGGUAUAUAUAAAUGGGAGAGACAAUAGUUUCCAGUUGAGGAAAAUGGUUCUCUGUCAGGGUCACAGGUUUUUCACUGGAAAAUGUAUGGCUAGACAGUUAGGGCUACCUGCAUCCCCGUGAUUGCUUGGCAACCAUGCAGCUGAGAGACUGAGGAUGUCCCCCUUGUACUCGUGCAACCACUGUAACAUUUAUGUCCCCCCCUUCAAAAUUUGGCCACCAUUGAGGCCCAUGUUUACUCCAGGUCUCUGGCUUAUCUGCUUGUUCAUCUCCCAAGUGAAAGAGGAUGCAUACCUGGGAAAGUUGGCUCUCUUCCUAAAGCUUACUUUUCAGUGUUCUGAUGAGAGACAGCUCGUUAGGGGGGGGGGGGGGGCAAUUUACAUCUAAGAAAAUAAGAUUGUGUGUCGUCUGUCAUUUUUAUUGUUUUAAUGCCUGUUCAAAGACUUUUUGGUAAUAUUUUUACACGGGAAUGUUAUGCUGAUGUGUGUAGAGGAAUAAAAGAUGUCUGUAUUUGUGUUACAUUUAAUUCCGGUUUUAGAUACUGUUUUCUAAACAUUUUGAUGUCAAAAAUUUAAAGGGGAAUAACCAGAUUGAUGCUACCCCUAAUUGGGUCUUAUAAAGCAGUGGUUCUCAACCUUUUUUGGCCCAGUUUUUACCACACCAGCUCAGGUGCGACCCAUUAUCAUGUAUAGGUUUAAAUUAACACUAUGAUCAAGCACGCAGUGCACUCUGCAGUUUACACCAAUCAAUGCCUGUCGCACAAUUCUGAUUGGAUGCACCAGUGAAUUUUUAAUUAAGCAUCUGCGGUUGGCUUCUUGGAUUGGGUGAGGGUACACUAGUUUUGUGCUAAAUGCUUGCAGACUCCAGUACCGUUUAUAUAUGUUAAUUCUAGGAUUGCAGCUGGGAAAUCUGAUCAUGGAUCAGCAUAGGAGCUUGCUGGUUUUAAAAUGCUUACAUUUCCAACUGCCUUGCGACCCUUUCAGAACUUGCUGUGACCUGGGUUGAGAAUCGCUGUUACAAACAUCUCACAAAAAAGGGUAUUUUAAGUGGAAGAUCGCUGGACAUCAGGUGACACAUGAAAGGAUGCUUAGCUGCAGCACUUGCUCUGUUCGUUCCCUGAAAAAGGUCAUUUCAAACGUAGUUUCAGUUUUGUAGCCAAAUGUUCUGAAAUAAAACAGCAUAACCCUGCAAAGGAUGGUACAUUCACUUAAACAUGUAUUGGUUACAUUGAAAAUAUUACUGCUGUUGAUGUUCUAUAAUUGGAUGUAUAAAUAAUUUACAGAA